GUUACGUUUGUUCACUCUCUUCCGUUCGGUAGUGCGGCUCUCAUUAUUGUUGUUGUACAGAUUUUGUGAGUGAUCAGUGUUCGGCCAGUUACCAUACAUUUGGCAAUUAGAAUCAAUCCACUCUGAACGCAGGUCCUGACUAUAGUUUAUUGCACGGUUUUAAGAAUGUCUACAGAAAACAAAUCUGAUUCUUCAUCAUCAGAUUCUGAUAUGGAACAGGACUCUCAACAGCAAUAUAAAUUCAGAGGAUUUAAAGGAGAGGGAGAAGAUUUAUUACCAAAUCUUCCACCAGUAGUAAAAAAACGAGUGAAAGCCUUGAAAAACCUACUUGUAUCCCAGACUGACAUUGAUGUAAAAUUCUAUACUGAGCUUCAUAUUCUUGAAUGUAAAUACCACAAACUGUAUGCUGACUUUUAUAAUAAGCGAAGUGAUAUAGUGCAAGGAAAUUAUGAGCCUACCGAAGAAGAAUGUGAUUUUCCUUCAGAUGACGAAGACGAUGUUAAGGACCUUUCAACGGAUAUGGAAGGAAAAGUUAAACUUGAAGAUAAAAAACCUGAAACAACAAUAGAUAAUGAACAAAUCAAAGGCAUUCCAGAUUUUUGGCUUACUAUCUUAAAAAACACAAGUCUUAUCAGUGAUAUGAUUCAACCCCAUGAUGAACCUAUCUUGAGUCAUUUAACAGAUAUCAAAGUUUAUCUUUUGGAUGAACCUAUGGGUUUUGCUUUGGAAUUCCAUUUUUCUCCAAAUGAAUGGUUCACCAAUACGGUUUUGACCAAGGAGUAUGAAAUGAAAUGUGUUCCUGAUAAAAAUAAUCCAUUAAGUUUUGAAGGUCCUGAAAUUUAUAAGUGUAAAGGCUGUACAAUUCAAUGGAAUAAAGGAAAGAAUGUAACAGUUAAAGUUGUCAAAAAGAAACAAAAGCAUAAGGUAAAGGGUGCUGUACGUUUUAUUAACAAAACUGUUCAAAAUGUUUCAUUCUUCCAUUUCUUCAGCCCUCCUGCUGUUCCUGAUGAUCCAGAAACUGAGGUUGAUGAAGAAAUUGAUAGUUUGCUGACCACAGAUUUUGAAAUUGGUCAUUACAUCCGUGAAAGGAUAAUACCUAGGGCUGUACUUUAUUAUACAGGUGAAGCCUUGUUGGAAGAAAAUGAAUUUGAUGAAGAUGAUGAAGAAGAGGAAUCUGAAAAUGAUGAGGAUGAUGAUGAUGAUGAUGAGGAAGGAACUGUUAAUGAUCCUGAAUAUAAUCCCCGUCAGGAUAAACUAUUGAAACAAAAAGUUGAACCAGCUGAAUGUAAACAGCAGUAGCCCCCCUAGAGUUUAAAAUUCUAGUGGAUCUUUGUUGUAACAAAUAAAUAAAAAUAAAAAAACAUUUCACCCAAAAUAUUUAAGUCUACACAUUUUUGAGACAUGGCAUUGCUAUGUGAUCAGUUAAUAAAAUAUGAAAUAUAAAAUUAA